UGAAUGAAUGAAUGAAUGAAUGAAUGAAUCAUUAAUCGUCAAGGUCAGGUGGUGGGUACACACCUUUAAUCCCCCAACUCAGGAGACUGAGGCAUGACACAUCACUGGGAGUUCCAGGCCAAUCAAGGCUAUAUAGUGAGACCCUAUUUCAGAAAACCUAAAACCAAACAAAAAAGAAUUCAUCUUCAGAUUAAUGUCCCCAUAAAUUAUAAAUUACUAAGCUUACAGGGUUUUUUUUUAAUAGUUUGCCUGAUGUCUUCCUCUCCAUUUGCUUUUAAUUUUGAGAAAGCACCUCUAACUCAGAUAUUUAUCUAGUUAUGAAGUGAAGACAGGUAUGUCUAAAAGUGGUCUACUAAGUUUUCUCUCCCUAAAAGCGUUUAGGCCUAAAAACUUCUGACAGGAUUAUAAAGAAGACAGUGUGAUCUUGGUUGUCCACUUAACUUCAUCUGGAAAUCAACUAAAACGAACUCCUGAGCACUUCUCUGCAGGUCUCUCUCUCUCCCUCCACCUUCACCUCUUACUUCUUCCCCCACCCCCACCCCAACCCUGUUCUGAGACAGAAUCUCACUUAGUAGCUAUGGCUGUACAGGACUUUCCAUGUACACCUUACUGCUCCCCCCACCCACCCCUCCCAACCCCCAGGAACUCACAAAGAUCCCAUUGCCUCUGCUGGGAUUAAAGGUGUGUGCUACCACGCCCAGAUACAAAGGAUUUUCCUGCUCUGAUCUUUGGAGGUGGGAGACCCUCCCUAAAAGUGGGCGGCAUCUUCCGGUGGCCGCCCAUAUAAAAGGAUGGGGCGGUAGAAGGAAAAUUUUAAGCUACUUGCUCUCGCUCUUGCUGGCAAGUUACCCUAUCCUGGGGAUCGGCGUUCCUUCACCGAUAUUAGGACCAAGUUCGUCAGGAUUUCAACCAGGACUCCUUCCAGCCUUCGGCGCCAGAUUGGAUCUGCUGAGAAGCCUAGCAUUCUACACUGAACAACUCCAGGAUCGUUGGCCUCUCCAGAGUAAGAGAGACAUUGACGGUUUGACUUCCCUGACCACAUCCUUAUUGGCGAAGGCGAGGCUAUUUCUACAGUGUUAGGCCAUGGCACACAUGUCCCAUCACCAUGACCCCAAUUUCUACAACCUGGAAGAAUAUGAAAUCGAGGUGGAAAUUGAGAAUGACCGCGUGGAAAUUGAGAAUGACCGCGUGGAAAUCGAGGAUGAGCAAGAGAUGGCAGCGGCAGGAGGGAGCUGCCCGGUUAAUGAAUGUGCUCGAGGCUUCAUGGACAAACCCGAGUACCAGGGUACCCCAAAACACCAAGGUGAUAUGAACCACGUGGUCAACCUGAGCUACAUUGGUUCUGACGUCGCUGUCGCGAGCCCAAGUUACUAUCAAAACAUAGGACAGCUACAGUUGGAGGAGAAGAAGACCUUAGUUGCUAGGGUCCCACAGCAGUGGAGGGGCACUCGACCACGGAUCCGCAGGGGUCUCACAUCCUGGCAAUUGAGCAGACUGGAGAGCAUUUUCGAAGAAACUCAGUACCCUGAUGUGAUCACGAAGAAGGAUCUUGCGAAGAGCCUCUUUCUUAAGGAAUCAGAGGUUCAGUCUUGGUUUAAGGAGCGAAGAGCCAAAGAAAGGAAAAUUCAGAACUUACAAGGUGCCCCUGAUAGGACUCAAGAGAUCUUUCACUAAAAGUUUUUAGAGGAGCCCUGGAGUACCAUCCUUCUCGAAGAACAAACAUCCCUUCAGCAGUAAAGAAAGUUAGUACAAAGCCAGCCAUAGCUAAGGGAGACCCUGAUUUAGAAGAAACAAAAACAAAAACAAACAAACAAAAAAAGGAACAACAACAACAAGAAAAAAAACUCACUGAAGUAAAUACAAGAGCCACAUAAUCUGUGAAGAAAACAA